AUGCAAGGCCUGGCCCGUUGCUGCGCAGUCGUUGGCGAAACGUCGUUGUUGCGGUCCGCGAUGGCGCUUGAAGGCCCACCGCGCUUCAAGGUGGUCAGCGACCGCCAGGUCCGCCUGACACUCUGCACGACACGCAGUGGGGAGCGCACGGGAGGCAUAUUCGAGUCGUUCCUGAGGGUGGACCCGGAUGAUUUGGCCGAUGCGCUCGAGGUGACGUUCAGCGAGACCGAGCGCAUCCUACGGAAGUGCGAUGACAAAGAGGGCGUCGCCGUGCACUCCCAGUUCAACGCAGAGGCCUGGCUGCACGACCCCAGCCUGCACAUGAAUUCAACGCUGACGUCGGCAAUGAGCGGCACGGGCUUCCAGGCCUUCCUGGACCGGCUGAACCAAGGGUUCGAGAAAGAAAAUCCAAAAGAGGUCCACGCAGGCGUCAGGGUCAAGGCCGCUCCAGACGGAGGCGGGAUCUUGGCGACACUGACGACCCACGGCCGGCCCAAGAAGGUCUUAGAAUGCAGCGACACUUUCAUGGAGAUGCGCAAGGGCGACGUCCACAACGCCCGCCGAGCAUUGUACGCAGUGACCGUGCUGUCGGAAACAGCCGCGCUGCACCUCGAGUUCGCGGCCGGGGACUGCACGUGCGUCGCGUCGUGGACGCCCGCGGUGCAGGACAUGUUCGUCCUGACUCUGUCGCCCCAAGACGCAGCCUCGGCCCGUGUGGCCCUGAACAAGUUGUCGUUUACUCCUAAGCCUUCCUCCCCAGCCCCCGCCCGGAAGUGGGCGGGAAAAUGGAGCGAAGUCAGAGUGGCGGAGCGUCCGGGCGAGGGCUGGCCGACGAACUCAGCGGAGCUGGCGCAGGCCCUUGUGUGCACGGCAAGUUGCAGCGGGGCUUUGGAUCUCCUUGCGGGUAUGACGUAUUCAAAGCCGCUGCGAAAGAGUUCCGCACACAAACUGUUCCCAGGACAGGAGUUUCCGGCCAUGGCGUUCAGCGUGCUCCGGUGCGGCGGACGCGCCGGCCCCGUUGCACCCGUGGUGUUUCUUCCCGUACAGGGAGGGCCGAAGUUCCUGUCGAAGCUGCGAGAUGAGUUCCGCGGCGUCACUGGGGCACAGGAGGUCAUCGACUGCGCCGAGGAGUACCCCACGACAGGGACUAAGACCUGGGACGUCUUCUUCAACAACAACAACAACAACAACAACAACAACAACAACAACGGCACGGGGCAGGUCUGUCGCCACUACGCACAGCACGCUUGGUGCAGGUACGGCGAUGCGUGCCGCUUCAUGCACGAGCCGCGCGAGUACGGGCAGCGGUGA